CACCUCUACUCCGACUCCGACGCCGGCACCGCCGGUCGAGUACCGUCCCCGAGGCGCAAUCGCGAGCGCUCCCCUCGCCUCCGCUCCGACUUCGAGGCCGACGCCGACGCCAUCGCCCCCGCCUCCGAAGAUGACGGCAGCGCCUCGCCGCAGCCUCGCUUCUCCCGCAUCGAGACCUCCAACAUCAAGCUCAACUCGCGUCCGAUUGACUAUCCCCGCGCUGGCUCCUCCCAGCGCCGCCACAGAUCCCCCGCGCUGCCCUCCGCGGAGUAUCACAAGCGGCCACCGCGGGUCUGGAACCCCGAAGAUGAGAUAACCAUACUGCGUGCCCUCAUUGCGUUCUAUGGUAGGAAUGGACGGCUCCCUGCGUCGAUUCAGGACACAACCAAGCUACACAGCCAGAUCCAUGGGCAGCUCACCGCUAUGGCGCCCGCUACCCAGCUUAGUGAUAAGGUCAGGCGGUUCAAGCAUAAGUACAAGUUGCUGAUGACUCGUGCAAAGAAUGGGCGCGAUCCAGACUUGCCAACGGAGCAUGAACGUGAUGUCUAUGAACUUAGCAAGAAAGUUUGGGGAUCAAAUAUUGGUGGUGAUGAUGGUGUAGUAGGAGGAUCUCGUGCAUACGAGGAUGCUGGGGGUGGAGAGAGCAAUGAAGAGCAGGAUAUUGAGGAGAGUGACGAGGAUAUGGAGAGUCGGUGGGAACACCGUGACCGCACAAACAAGAAGCUGAAGGCAUUUAGAUUCGAAAAUGGGAGAGAUGAUGCUGAGAAGGGAAAACAUAUGUACCAAUACCUAUGGGAGGCUGUUGAGCUGUCAAAGGAGCACCCGAGCAGGCCAAUAUUCAGGAAGGCUUUUGCUGUGCUCGAAAAGUCAAAGGCACAAGCGAUGGAGGAGAAGCUAUGGAAGUUUAGAAUGUCAGAGAUCAGGCAGCAGCUGCUUCGGAUGGACCUGAUGAAGGAGACAGUGUCAAUGGUGCUUGAUGCGCUGGAGGGUGCUGACUGAUUAUGUUGAAAUUGAGGUACUGUUGGAUUUUAGAACGUGUGGUUCAGUGUGUGUUACUCAAAAAGGGCGAUCAAAGUCGUCCAGUUGCCUAGAGU